AUGGUGAAAGAGGCAUUGGUCCCCUUUUUGUAUGAGAUUUUUUUACCCAAUCUCGUAGCUUUUUGGAAUUCAUUUAGGUAUUUCUUGUCUUCUCCUCUAUAUAUUUGUAUCAUCAUCAAUUCCGUGGUCCUGCUCAUAGCAGCCACCUCCUCUACUUCCCACAACAACGACCACGACCACGACCAUGACCCUCCACCGCGCUGGGUGGAGGUGCCACAUCCAGAAGUCGAAGAAGAAGCAGAAGCAACAACGUUAACAUUAUUGUCAACAAGGAGUAGUGAAUCCACCUCUAGUGAAAUUGAUGAUUGCAUUGGCACAGCACAAGCUAGUAGUGAUAUAAUUGAUGAGAUGAAGAGUGAGGCGGAGGAGGGAGAAAGCGAGUGCACGAUGGAGUCGACAUGGAAGACGAUAGUCGAGGGGCAGUCGAAAAAGCUGAGCAAGAGUGAGUCUGUGCCACCGAGAAGGAAGGUGGAGGAGCAGAAGGUGAUGAGGAAACUGGAGACGUUCAACGACAGGGCGUCGAUAAGGCGACUAGGCGGCCUAAGGAGAGAUCCGUCGGUGGAUGUGGAGGCUUUCAACAAACAAGUUGAAGCGUUUAUCAACAAGUUCAACCAGGAUAUGAGAUUGCAGAGGCAAGAGUCUGAUCAGAGGUUUUUAGAUAUGAUCAAGCGAGGACUCUAA